AUGCGGCUGAUUCUCCUUCGUCCCAGGAACCGCCUCUCCGCCUCUCCGCGGCUGGAGAGGAGUGUCCUUUCCUUCUUCUUCUCCUUCAACCAAACGGCUCCUUACACCAGAAUCAGAGGAGCAGGUCGGAGAAUUUCGAGAGUUUACGACGUGUUCUUCCAAUCGGAGGCGUUGGGAAACUAUCUACUUAGGAAAGAACAAUUGGAAGAAUGCAGGGUGGUUUCACCCUUGUCCUUACAAGUGGUGCUUAGCUUCCUUGCCGCCGGCUCCCGCGGUUGGACCCGCCGUCAGAUUGUCAACUUCUUCAACGCCGAUUCCGUCGAUCAUCUCAAUUCCUUGGCCUCUCAACUCUGCGACGUCACCUUGGCCGAUGGUGAUCCCGCCGUUGGCCCUCGUGUGCGUUGCUCCAAUGCCUUAUGGCUUGACCAGUCCCUUACUCUCAAGCCCUCUUUUAAACAGAUUCUCGACUCUUCUUAUAGAGCCGAUGUGAACCUAGUGGACUUUCAGACCCAGGCUGCUCAUGUGGGGCAACAAAUUAAUUCGUGGGUGGAAAAUGAGACAAGUGGCCAAGUUAAAGACCUUAUUCGUGAGGGCUCUCUCAACAACUCAGUCAAGCUCGUCUUUACAAAUGCGCAACACUUUCGAGGAGCAUGGGAUGAGAAAAAUACUAUGAUCCGUAGAGACAAGGUUGGUAAGAAGGAAUACGUAGUCAGUGCUCAGUUCAUGGCUGUGAAGAUGAAACAAUUUGCUCGCCAUUUUCAUGAGAUUCAUGAUAUUCUCCACACAUAUAAAAAGCAAAGCAAAGAAAAGCGCACUUUCUCCUUUCAGUUCCAUUCUCCGGUUGCACUUACUUCUGAACACUAUGGGGAAGAUCUAAUGGAUGUUAACGACAGCACGACCCCAAAAUUUAAUAUUUCUUCUGAGGUGGAAGCUUCCAAAAUGCUGAGGGAACUAGGGAUAAGAUUGCCAUUUUCUGGAGGGAAGUUGACAGAGAUGGUGACUUGUUCUUGUGAUGGUGGCGGAGAAAAUCAGUUAUAUGUUUUCAACAUAUUUCAUAAGGCAUUCAUCCAAGUAAACGAACAAGGGACUGAAGCUGCAACAGCCACGGCUGCAAUACUAAUGUCUGGGUGUCCGCCAUAUUUGCCGCGUCUUCGUAGAAGAUUUACACCUAUCCAGCCAUGGCUCCUGGCUGGUCAAACAGACGGGGAUGGUCCUUGUCCUGGCAUUGCUAAAACAAACUUGAAGGUUCAUCAAAUAUUCCGUCGUCUUCCAAAGCAGCGUCGUGGUUAA